AUGGCACCGUAUAAGGAAGAUGAAGUGAAAGUAGAUAAUGUGACAAAGAUUGUUGACACUGCAAAACUGCACUGUGUCAGUAGUGUCCAUGUUAAUUUGCAUGUCUCUAAGGUUGUGGUUCAUCCGCUAGUGUUGCUUUCUGUGGUUGAUCAUUUCAAUCGCGUGAGUAAAACUCAAAAUGUAAAACGUGUGGUUGGCGUUUUGCUAGGCAGCAUGAAACCAGACAGGACGCUCGAUAUCGCUAAUAGCUUUGCUGUUCCUUUUGAUGAGGAUGAACGAGAUAAGAAAACUUGGUUCCUCGAUAUGGAUUAUUUGGAAAGCAUGUAUGGCAUGUUCCACAAAGUUGCUGCACGCGAAAGAAUCGUUGGAUGGUAUCACACUGGACCCAAACUUUGUCAAAACGACAUUGUGAUCAACGAGCAGUUGAAACGCUUCACAUGUAAUCCUGUUCUUGUUGUUAUACAGGCCGAACCAAAAGAUUUAGGAUUGCCAACGGAAGCUUAUGUGGAGGUGCAAGAAGUCCAUGCUGAUGGUACACCACCAAUCAAAACCUUCGAGCAUGUCCCAAGUGAGAUCGGUGCUGAGGAAGCCGAAGAAGUUGGAGUUGAGCAUCUCUUAAGGGAUAUCAAAGACCAGACAGCAGGAACUCUUUCUCAAAGAAUCACUGAUCAGUUAAUGGGACUGAGGGGUUUGCAUGGGCAAUUGCGAGAUUUGCAGUGUUAUUUGCAUGAAGUAGCUGACGGUAAGCUACCAAUCAAUCAUGCCGUUAUCUAUUAUAUACAGGAAGUGUUAAAUCUUCUACCCGAUGUCACGUCGCCGCAAUUUGUUGAAGCGCAUAAUGUGCAGACAAAUGAUCAGUUGAUGUGCGUUUAUAUGGGAUCUCUCGUACGAACUGUUAUUGCUCUGCAUAAUCUCAUUGAUAAUAAGCUUUCUCUACAAAAGAAUGAAAAGGAUAAGGAGAAAGUUGAAGGAAUAGGAAAGAAAGAUGAAAAUAAAGAAGAAAAAAAAGAAAAUAAGGAUACGAGAGACAGCAAAGAAGGUGAUAAAGAAAAGGAGAAGGAAGCUACUAAAAAGUCUUUCUGA